AAAAUUACACUGCAGCCCGUUACACAACUCCAGCCGAGCAGUUCCCAUUCUCUCUCUCUCUCGUUACGGAGGAGCUGCUUUCCAGUGUCAUUUCCUCCCCUCCAUCUCUCCACCGGAUCUCAAAACCAAAAAACCAACACCCAACCCAUUCUGUUGUUUCUAGGGUUCCCAAAACUCACCCCCUUCUCUCACUGGUCCUCUUGAUCUUCAAGCACUCUUCGCUUUCUCAUGCAAUCAUAAUCAAUUCUUCAAUGGCCAACUCUCCUCCUCAGAUUGGGUUCUUGGUUCCUCUGAACAACAAUUUAGAAGAAGACACUUCAGUACCCAAAUUAUCAAUUUCCCAAGGCUCUAACUUUGUGGGCCGCAAUUCCAUUUCACUCUCCGACAAGCGACUCAGCCGCAAACAUCUCAACCUCGUCGCCUCUUCCGACUCUUCUGCCCAUCUCAUUGUGGAAGGAACAAACCCAAUUGUUAUAAGAUCCCAGGACCAGAGGAGGAAAAUUAAAUCUCGAGAAAGAGUGAAAAUUAAACAUGGUGACAUUAUUGAGUUGAUACCAGGGCAUUAUUAUUUCAAAUAUGUAACGAUGGCUCCCGAGAAAAACUCAUCUUCACCCAGUGAGAAGAGGAAAAGGACUCCAAAGGAAAGUAGUGAGCCUAGUGAAAGUGAGAUGCAAAGUGUGAAGAGGAAGAAGCAAUUGUCUGAUGAUGAAGCUCUAGCAAGAAAUUUGCAGUCUGAGCUGUAUGAUGAUAAUCUAGCACGGGACAACUCUCUGGAGGCAAUUCGUCAUUUCAAUGUUCCUAAUGAGAAAUUACCUUCAACUUUCCGACUUAUGCGAGUGAAAGGGCUUCCAGCAUGGGCCAAUACCUCUUCUGUUUCUAUAGGGGAUGUGAUUGAGGGGAAUGUUGUCAUGGCUGUCCUUUCAAAUUACAUGGUGGACAUGGAUUGGUUGAUUUCUGCAUGUCCAACACUUAAAAAGGUUCCUCAUGUGUUGGUUAUUCAUGGAGAGAGUGAUGGUACGCUGGAGCAUAUGAAGAGAAGCAAGCCAGCAAAUUGGAUUCUGCACAAACCCCCAUUACCAAUUUCGUAUGGGACCCACCAUUCAAAAGCCAUGCUUCUUGUUUAUCCUCGAGGAGUGAGAAUUAUUGUACAUACAGCAAACUUGAUUUAUGUUGACUGGAACAACAAAAGCCAAGCUCUGUGGAUGCAAGAUUUCCCUUGGAAGGACGGAAGUAAUUCAAGCAAAGGAUGUGGAUUUGAAAGUGACCUGAUUGAUUAUCUUAGUGCGUUGAAGUGGCCUGAAUUUACUGCUAAUAUACCAGCUCUUGGCAACUUCAAUAUCAAUUCAACCUUUUUCAAGAAGUUUGACUACAGCAGUGCAGCGGUUAGGUUAAUUGGGUCUGUCCCUGGAUAUCAUAAGGGUCCUAAUUUGAAAAAGUGGGGACAUAUGAAGUUGCGUACCAUUCUCCAGGAAUGUAUCUUUGACAAAAAGUUUCGCAAGUCUCCUCUUGUUUAUCAGUUCUCUUCCCUUGGUUCAUUGGAUGAAAAGUGGAUGUCUGAGCUAGCAUCCUCAAUGUCAUCAGGAGUCUCAGAAGAUAAAAUGCCUCUGGGUUUAGGGGAGCCCCUAAUAAUAUGGCCUACUGUGGAAGAUGUCAGAUGUUCAUUAGAGGGUUAUGCUGCUGGAAAUGCGGUUCCGAGCCCACUAAAAAAUGUGGAGAAAGAAUUCUUAAAGAAGUAUUGGGCAAAGUGGAAAGCAAGCCACACUGGUCGCUGUCGUGCAAUGCCUCAUAUAAAGACAUACACGCGUUAUAAUGAUCAAAACCUUGCGUGGUUCUUGCUAACUUCAGCAAACCUAAGCAAAGCUGCCUGGGGGGCACUCCAGAAAAACAAUUCUCAGCUGAUGAUCCGUUCUUACGAGCUUGGAGUGCUCUUUAUACCUUCUUUGAUCAAACAUGAUUGUGUGUUUUCUUGUACAGAUGAUGGGAAUCUAUCAGAGGGUAAAUGCAGUAAAUCAUCAGAAAGUUCUGAAGCGAAGAGAUCAAAGCUUGUGACCCUAGCAUGGCAAGGAAGUAAGAACACUGAUUCAUCUGCAGUAAUUCCAUUGCCUGUGCCUUAUGAACUUCCUCCAAAACCAUACUCCUCUGAAGAUAUCCCAUGGUCGUGGGACCGGCGAUAUCACAAGAAGGAUGUCCAUGGUCAACUUUGGCCUAGACAAGUUCAGCUAUGUACUUCCCAAUAACACAUGGAUUGAAUCCGGAUAGAAGGAGAAAUGUCAAGUGCAUAUGCUUUCUUUGUCCAAAUAAUGGGUCAAAUUGGGUUGAAGGGGAGGGUUCAUCUAUAGCGCACAUGCUUUGACCAAAUUUAUUUGCUUUUUAAUGUGAAUAUUUGAAUGUUAAGAUCACCGGAUUUUACUUUUCUUUCUUUUUGACUUGUAAAAUUUAGGUUUAUGGGUGAGACAUGAUUUUAAAUUUUUAAAUAGACCCAAUCCGUACCAA